AUGGCAUCGAAUAUAGUGCAAUCAUCGAGGUCGUCGCAGAAGACCCUUGGUGACGGCAACAGCCAAGCAGUGCCGCAGAUUCCCAAGGAAGAGGCCUUCGAUGAUGAUUCCAAGGUGCCAUUCUUGACGCUCAGAACAUUCAUGAUGACCGUGUUGGUAUCAAUGGGAGGAAUUUGCUUUGGAUACGAUACUGGCCAGAUCUCCGGAUUCUUGGAAAUGGACGACUUCAAGUAUCAGUUCGCCGACAACCGCCAGGACCUCUCCUUGAGCGCCAUCCGAACGGGCUUGAUCGUCGCCAUGCUCAGCAUUGGAACACUCGUUGGUGCACUUAUUGCUGGCCCACUCGCCAACAACCGCAGACUUGGCCGCAAGUACUCCAUCAGUCUUUGGUGCAUAGUCUUCAUCAUUGGCAACGUCUUCCAGAUCGCUGCCGAAUACCCAUAUUGGUGGAUUCUGAUGAUGGGGAGAAUCAUCUCUGGUCUUGCAAUCGGUGGCUUGUCAGUCAUGGUGCCUGCAUACCAAGGCGAAUCUGCACCGACUCAUCUUCGAGGAGCCAUCGUUUGCUGUUAUCAGCUUUUCAUCACAAUUGGCAUCCUCAUCGCCUACUUGAUCAACUUUGGCACGGAGACACUCGAGGGAACCGCGUCAUGGCGAAUCCCCGUUGGUAUCAGCUUCUUUUGGGCCAUCGUUCUUGGACUGGGUAUACUACUCUUCCCGGAGACACCGCGACACGAAUUCCGACAUGGAGCCAUCGACUCUGCUGCCAACAGCAUUGCGAAAUUCUACGGCAUCAGCCCUCGGCACAAGGUUGUCAAAAAGCAACUCGAGGAAAUGCAGGAAAAGCUCCGCAUCGAACAAGAGGGUGGAAAGCACUCUAUCUGGGAGGUCUUUACUGGUCCGAGAAUGCUGUACAGGACCUUGCUCGGCAUGACCAUCCAGAUGUUGCAGCAGAUGACAGGCGCCAACUUCUUCUUCUACUUCGGAACUACCAUCUUCUCUAGUGUUGGCCUCAGCAACCCCUUCGUCACGCAGAUCAUCCUCGGUGCCGUCAACGUCGUCACCACCUUUCCGGGCCUCUACAUGGUUGAGAAGUAUGGCCGCAGGAAGUGCCUCGGGAUCGGAGCAGCCUGGAUGUUCUUAUGCUUCAUGGUGUUUGCUUCGCUGGGGUACUUUGCCCUCGAGGACGAAAAUGGCAACAAUCGUCAAUCCAUUGGCUACGUGAUGAUUGUCUUCGCCUGCCUGUUCAUCGCAGCCUUCGCGAGUACGUGGGGUCCAAUGGCGUGGGCCGUGACUUCGGAGAUAUACCCAUCGAGGUAUAGGAGUACUUGCAUUGCACUAUGUGCUGCUUCGAACUGGACUUUCAACUUCUUCAUUGGUUUCGCGACGCCCUUCAUCGAGCGCGACAUCGGCUUCUCGUACGGCUACCUCUUCGCAGGAUUCAACUUCCUCGCUGUGCUCGUCGUUUACUUCUUCCUGCCGGAGACCGCAGGCCGCAGCCUGGAAGAGAUCGACACCAUGUUCUUGCUGGAAGUCAAGCCGUGGAAGUCGAGCAAGUGGACUCCGCCUCAGGGCGAAGAUCUCAUUACAGCCGAUCGGUUGAGGUUGUCUGGAGGCCGUCGCAACAUUCUUAAGAGGGAGGAGGCUGGGGAAGCGACGAAUGUGCAGUAUGAGAAUGUGAAGGAUGUGAGGCAGAGUAGUGUUAACCCGGCCGAGGCGAGUGGUGUACGUGGGAACUCGAUUACGGCUGUUUGA